AUGAAACAUAUCAAAAAAGUUGAUUUAAUCAAAAACUCAAGCAAAAAUAAGAAAUUUCAUGACAUUUAUGAAUUAAAUAAGAAUGAUAAACUUGGUUAAGGGUCUUAUGGAAUGGUUUUUAAGGCAAUUCAUCGAGCUACUGGGUUAGCAAGAGCUGUGAAGAUCAUCCAUAAAGCAAGUGUAAAAUAGAAAGAGAGACUGACCAAUGAACUGAGAACAGUUGAAUUAUUAGAUCACCCACAUGUGAUUAGAGUCUUUGAAACAUAUGAGGAUAAUGACUAUAUUUAUGUAAUAAUGGAAAUAUGUAAAGGUGGUGAUAUUUUUGACAAGGUCUUAGAAUACGGAAAUUUCGAUGAAUAAGGAGCAUUAAUAAUAUUCAUAUAAAUUAUUAGAUCAGUGGUCUACUAUUAAUCAUUAAAUAUUGUGCAUAGAGACUUAAAACCAGAAAACUUUCUAUUUCAAACGAAUAAUGAUCUCAAUACACUUUAUAUAAUUGAUUUUGGUUUGGCUCGAAUAUUCGAACCUGGAAUCUUGCAUUAAUGGACAAAGGCCGGAACUGCAUAUUAUGUGGCCCCAGAAGUGUUAGCGGGUACAUAUGAUAAUAGGUGCGAUUUAUGGUCAAUUGGUGUUAUAUUAUAUGUCUUAUUAUGUGGAUAUCCUCCAUUUUAUGGUGAGACAGAAUAGGAGAUCUUGUAUUCUAUCUAAAAGGGGAAAUUUGAUUUUGAUGGUCCAGAAUGGAAGAAUGUAUCACUUUAAGUCAAGGAAUUGAUUAGCUAAUUGUUGAAACCCUAUAAAUAGCGAUUAAAUUUACAAUAGACAUUAUAGCAUGAAUGGCUCUAAAAAUAUGUGCAAAAGGGUGAAGUCACUCUAACAUAAACACACAUUGAAAGAUGGCAAGCAUAUCAUUAAAUUAAAUAAAUUGGGUUACUCUAUCUAGCUACAUAAUUGGAAUAGAGUGAGAUAAUUAAUAUCAAAAAUGGAUUUUUAUUUAUGAAUAAAUCAUAAUCAGGAGUAUUAACAAAAGCUGAGAUUGAAUCUGGAAUACUAUUGUAAAAUAUUUAAUCAUAAAAUUAGAAUUCAUAGCAAUUUGCUUAGAGCCAAAUGUAUAUAAAAUAGAAAAAUAUUUAAUAUUAAUGUUUCAAUUUCUAUCAUCGAAUGGUCGAAUAACUAAAGAAAGCUUAAAAGCUAUUGAUAUUAAUCUUGAAUGUAAUUUAGAUUAUAAGCAAUUCAUCAAUCUAUUUUGAUUAUCAUAUUUAAUUUGUAAUUUUUAUUUGCAUAAAAUAUAUUAUUUUUUCUAUGAUUUCUUAAUUUACUAAACCUAAAAGAAAAAUGGAGCAUCCUGAUUAUGCACCAUACCCAUUAAGGAGACCAGGCCCAGGUUAGGAUGACAGAAAGAGUGAUAUCCCAUUAGAUUAUAAUUUAAAGGAAUUUAACUUUGCAAGCAAAACUUUAACCAAAAAAAUUGUUUGGAGCGAUUUAAGGGCAAUAGCAUUAAGUGAUUCUUUAGACAAAGGAGCCAUAUUUGUGGAAACUAAUGAAGGAUCUGUAGUUGUAAAAGGGUACCCGAAUAUUGCUUAAGGAUACUUCUUUUCAUAAUUAGCAAUUGUGUUAGGAAUCCCAGUUCCAAAUAAGAGAAUUGUUAGAUGGGACUCAAGUGAAUUCAAAGUUCUGACUAAGGAAUUAUAAAGAGCAACAUUUAUGCUAAAAUAAUUGCAUUAAAAAAUAACAAAUCGACUUGAGAAUCCUUAUUUAGAGAUCUAAGAGUAUUUGCCUGGAAUCACACUAUCAUAUAUGGGAAAGGCAAGGGCUGGAAAAAUAUUUAACUUUUAUGACCCACAAAGCAGACAUCGAUUAAUUAAAGUUGGAUUUCUUAUGGGUUUAGAUAUUUUCAUCAAUAAUCCAAGUAGAUUCCCAUUAGAGAUCUGGAAAAAUAGUGGAAACUCAGAACAUAUGAUUGUCAGAACAGAACCUAGAUACACUGAUACAACAAAGGAUUUGCAUGAUAUUGAUAAUCUAUCUUUUGAUUAUGAAUAUAUUUAUGGGUUGGAUAGUUACUCAUUUGAGAGACCACCCAGUUACUAUACGAAUGUUGAAGAGUUUUUAAAUAAAGUAUUUUUAGAGAUGAAAUCAAUCAUGCAAGCCUAAUUGGAUCCUCUUUAUGAGACAAAAGAUUAGAAAAUUGAAUGUUUAAAUGAAUUCAAAUAACUUGUUUACGAUCAUACACUAUACGAAAUUAAGGAGAUGUCUUUGCUCUAAGUCCUCCUCGGCAUAGUGCUAACUAUUGAUAACAUAGUUUACAUGGGACCUGUACGUUUGAGAACUCUCUGGGAGUCAGUGACAGUUGAAACCGACUGGAAUAAUGCUUGGAUGAAGAAUCUCUAAGGAAUCAAUAUGGAUUUUUUGGAAUCUAUGAUUUCUAUCUUCUAAAAGUUUUGUACAAUCUAUGAGGAUGUGGUCAAAUAUAGCAAAGAUAUUACGCUAAAUCAAUACUCAUUUGAUGAAUAAAAAUAUCUUGAAAUCAUAAUGAUGAAUCCAAAAAUAAAGGAAAGGAUUGAAAAAGAGAGAGAAAAUGAUCUGAUGAACUCUUAAAAACUAGAUAAAUCUGAGGUUGUAGAUGAAGAUGAAGGUGAAGUUCUAGAGCGUAAUUUAAAUGAUGUAGAAUUGGAUAGAAAAAUUGAGGAGAUGUUUAUGAUUGAUCCUAAAGAUAUUCCUAAGGGAGAGAACAAAAAUCAAAAAUAAAAGAAGCCAUUAACUCCAGAGGAAUAUCAAUAAUAAGAAUUAGAAAAGAAAAAAUAUGGGGGUAUUUUAGCCAAAAAAUUAUAUGAAAAUGAAUGA